UACAAACCGGUUGAACCAUCGUUGGUAGAAGAACGAAUGCGGAUUCUUGUGGAUCGUUACGCUGAACUGCAAGAGUUGUCCGAGGACCGCAAACGACGUCUUGAAAACAAUCGUCGUCUGUGUCAGUUCUGGUGGGAUGUGGCCGAAUUGGAGCAAAAUCUCAAAGAAAGCGAACAGGUUCGAAAGUGUUCAUCUCAAAUGUUUUUGCAACUCAAUCGAUUCUCACCGACUUUCCGAGAUUCACCUACAUCAGUUCUUUCUAAAGUACAAUAUGUUGUACAUUAUGGCCAUCAUUUCAAGUGUAAUUAG